CUUAAUGUCGGAGACAAGGUUGCAGUAGGCAAGAAUAUCUAUUCAGAUGUGUAUGCAUUCGGCCACAAGGAUGCUGAUGUCAUCUCCAAGUUUUUCCAAGUGCAUAGCGCUUCAAACAUGUUGGAACUCACUGCAGGCCACUUUGUUCCCAUUGCUGUCAAUGGGAAGCUCGUGUACAAGAGAGCCGAGGACCUCAAGGUUGGAGAUUCCCUGUGGGAAUCAUCUAAAAUCACUGAAAUCUCAAAGGUUGAGAAGCUAGGCCUCUACAACCCACUCACUCUCUCUGGCAGUAUCAUGGUGAACAAUGUUCUAGCAUCCACUCACAGCGAGUGGUUCUUAGACUCCAUCUUUGAUGCUGUCGGUGCAACCGAGUACCUGCCAUACGCAUACCAGGCCGUGCUUGCUCCAGUUCGCGCCAUCUACAACAUCGUGGGCAAGGAAAUUUAUGCAAAGGGCUAUGCUGCCAUCGAUUCCUUCACCAACAUUGCUGAGUUUGGAACGAAGUAUGGAGGAAGCGUUGCUCUCGCCCUUGGAAUUGCUGGUCUUGUGCUGGGCUCCAAGGUGUAA